AUGGAAGCCAAUUUCGAAUUCGAGUGUACAGCACUCGCACCACGUCGGAGAGAAUUUGGACAGAGAGUGGUGUCCUUGCUAUUGGAAAAGACAAAGAAGCUCCUCCAACAUGAAAGACCAGAUGGUGAAGACGCGGAUCUCAUUUAUGGUUCCGACAAGGCUUUCGAGCGAGCAUGGACUGACUCUUCACGAACUAAUAUCGAGCCGCAGCUCAAGGGCAAACCCGCUGAAGAACGCUCAAUAACAAAAUCUCGAAUUUUAUCUGGUGCUAUUGGCUUUUGGCGAUUGUGCGGGUUUCGUCGAAUUGGAGCGUCUUGUUGUUUUGCAUUAUCAUUUGAUCUGCAGCAUCAGUCUCGCGCAUUCGCGGAGGCGUGUGAAUUUGACCCACGAAGGAGUAAUGCGGAAGAUCUCGAGGACGAAAAGCUUGAAACGAUUUAUAACACAGACCCUUGGACUAAUGUAAAGAAACUGAAAACGGAAAGGCUUCGUGACGUGUUGCCACUACAUCAUGCAAGUCUCACUCUAACGGAUGAAGAGCUCAAGGAUUUUUUUCAUCACUCAUCUGAUGAUAAGAUUGGCUGGGUUAAAGUGACGAAGGAUACUUAG